AUGUGCACCAACAAAGUCAAGUACGGCAGCUUUGACCCACCAGAUUUUCCCAUUAGCAGCAUGGAGUACCCUCGCACUGGAUUAUUUACUGGUGGAAACGACAUCUUCGCCACUCGAGCUGACAUCGAUCAGUUACUAUCUGCGUUGCUGUCCAGCACAAUUGUCUAUGAGAAAGAGAUCAGCAGCUUUAGCCAUUUGGACUUUGUUUGGGCUGUUCAAGCCAACGAAAAGCUCUACCAACCCCUGCUUAAGCAGCUUGAGCAGUACGUCGGCACCGGACAUUAG